UGCGAAGACCUCCCCUUUAAACGCCACAGCUCUCUCGCUCGCUCGCUGCCAGACGCGUUCGGGCGAGCGUUGCUGUUCUCCUCAUAUAUUCUUCUCGCCCGUUCCCCAGCCGCGCGCGCGCGUUCUUCCUCGCGCGCGCAACACUGUAGCGUUCGCGAGAACCGCGUCCGGACUUCCACGAUCAUUUAGCGCCGAGAUCAAAAGCAGGUGUCUUUGCUGUCCAUGGACCACCUGUAAAUCCAGGUCGGCUUCUCCGGGGAUCGACCUCGUUUGAGGACCGCAGUUGUGCCUGAAGCAUGAGUUCAGUGCAUUAUUUCCAUGGCAGUCUGCUUAGUUUGUGGAUAAACUUAUAAUCUCAUCCGCAGUCUAGAUCCCUGGCCUCGUUGUAGGUCAGCGUAGGACCCUUUGAGGACCGUUGGAGUCUUUGUGUCCUUCACCAACAGGAAAGAAUGGCAAAGUGGUUGAAGGACUAUUUAAGUUUCGGGAGCAAGCGAGUCCCCCCCCAACCGCCCAAACCUGACUACAGCGAGAGUGAGAUAUUGAAGGCAUACCGCGCUCAGAAGAACCUUGACUUUGAAGACCCUUAUGAAGACUUCGAGAACAGAGCCAGAAUCGACAACGGGUCGACCGAAACGUCCCACUUGGGCUUUGGCUCUCCUCUGAAAUCCUCUAGUCUGGAUAUCAAGGUUGUGUCGCCCAAGCAUCGCCUUAUAAAGGUGGACUCGCAAGACCUGGGACGAAGCAAGAUUCUCUUAAGCUCUGUGUCUUUAGAGGAACCAACAGAUCCGGUGGUUCCUUCAGCUCCAGUCAUGGGAGACACCGACUACUCCGACCCAUUCGAUGCCCGUUUGGACCCGCGUCCCGAAACCGCUCAAGGCCCGAUCACCCCUGAGAACAACGGCUACAUGGAGCCCUAUGAGGCCCAGAAAGUGAUAACCGAGCUGCAGAGGAGAGCUGGAGGUGGAGCGGGAGGCUGGGGGAGAGGGGAGGUCCAGCUCUAUGACACCCCAUAUGAGGAGCGCGUCCCGGGGCAGCCGGAUCUGCCUGAGGAGGGGAGGGAGAGCAGGCUCCCGCAGGACGACGACAGGCCCGCUGACGAAUACGACCAACCGUGGGAAUGGAAGAAGGAACACAUUUCCAAAGCUUUUGCAGAUAUGAAAGAUCUGACCGAGCUGCCGUGGCCUCCUCCGGUCGGACAGCUGGAGGAGGAGCCCAUCUGCGGUGAGCAAGUGCAGUUCGAGGGUGCUGAGUGGGAUCGUUCCUGUUCUCCCACAGAGCGCCUGAGGUGUCCCAGGCCUCCGCCAACCACAGGGAGCAUGAAGCUACGCAAGCCAAGCGAACCUCAUUCCAUGAUCGGCGAGAGAGUGGAUCCCACCCUGCCCCUGGAGAAACAAGUAUGGUAUCACGGCUCUCUCUCGCGCUCUGAGGCCGAGUCUCUACUGACCCUCUGUAAGGAGUGCAGUUAUUUGGUACGAAACAGCGAGACCAGUCGCUUGGACUACUCUCUCUCUCUGAGGAGCUGCCAGGGAUUCAUGCACAUGAAGUUCAGCCAGUCAAAAGACGGCCGCUAUAUCCUGGGCCAGAACAGCCCUCCGUUCGACACCAUCCCAGAAGUGAUCCACUACUACACCACACACAAACUCCCCAUCAAAGGAGCCGAACACUUGUCCUUGCUCUUCCCUGUGCUGGUUCAGACUCUCUGAUUGGUCAGAGCACUGUCAUGGGUGGAAAAAAACAGCCAAGGGAUUUGCCGUUGGAUAUGAAGAGUUCUUCGACAAAAUCAGCAUCAACGUAUACAAACGUGCAUUUAAUAGUACAACAGCAUCUGAUUGAGGACAUCAACUUCUAAAAUGGACACAUCAGGUCAAAUUACAGUUAGAUCUGUUCACACGCUAUUUCACGUUCUUGUUAAUAACACUUUUCCAUCUCAUCGAAUGAAACGUACCAGACUGGUGGCAGCGAGACCUGUUGCUUGUCUUCAGUCGGUGUUAUUCUCCGCUUGGACGGUGGAUUAGCCACCGCUAAUGUUUAUUGAUCGAUUAGCAUCCUCUUAGGACGAGCAGACGGGCCUCUGUAUUUUUAUAGCUGCUGUAAAACACACUUCAAUGUGACCGUUUAUGACUAUCUGCUCUUUAAAGUUUGUAAAGCUUUUGGUUGUAGUAAAGACCCCUGAGACCACACACAAAUGUUUGGCUUGCUCUAGACAAUAGUCCUCAAAAAGACUUUAUAGUUCUUACAUUGUCUUUGUCACGGUUGCUGGCCGUAGAUCAGUGCAUGUUGGCAGCUUACGUUGAGGACAGUAGCUGAUUCUAACUGAUAAAAAAAAAAAAAAACUCGAUGUGAUGUUUGAAUCAUGAUUAUUUGCAGAGAUGUUCCUGUAAUUGGAAUAUUAGGUCACCAAUACCAUAAAAUGCUGAAAAUGUGUUUCUGUAGCUGCUGUUUUAAACUGGUUUACAUGUGUUCUAUAAUAAAAUUUCUAAAAAGAG